AUAGAUUAUCAGGUAUUAUCGGCGAUGCUUUUAUCAGGCAUUUCCUCGAACGAACACGUCGAUAAGAUAAAUUUGGUGCGCGCGAGACACGUCGUCUUUUGACGUGUAGGUGAGAGCAAACGGCAGUAAAUGGAUAAACGCAAAUCAAGGGAUCGUUAGAUGCCAACCAGCAGAGGCAACAUGCAGGCGGACGACAAGUACACUCCGCAGCAGGAACAGUGGGACAUUUCAACGCCGGACAGAGCGCAACGGAGCGUGCCGGACGGAUGGUUGUUCAGGAAGGCAAACAGGGACAUGAUGGAUACCAAAGAUGCGCAAACCGAUCUCAAUCCGUAUGACGAUGAAUACAAUAUGAAGCAUAAAAGAAGAGGAGUUGCGAUUAUAUUAAACCACGUGAACUUCGAGGACAUGAGCGUAAGGAAGGGCACCGAAAAGGACACCCUAAGCCUCAAGACAUCAUUAGGCAAACUCGGGUUCGACGUUCGAAUUUACACCGAUCCGACGCUGCAAAUGAUAAACAAGGUUUUAUGCUCGGCCGCUGCGGAAGACCACACGGAUGCCGACUGCCUGAUCGUGGUCGCAAUGUCACACGGCGAAUCGGGUCUAUUGCAUUCGGUCGACAGCAUGUAUCCAGUCGAUGUUCUAUGGAGUCCCUUCACGGGCGAUCAAUGCUCCAGCUUAGCCGGCAAACCAAAGCUGUUCUUCAUUCAGGCAUGUCGCGGCAACCAAUUGGACGGAGGAGUGGCAUUUUUUCAUGCGACAGAUAGUAUGAGUAAUACAUUCAAAUACAGCAUCCCCGCCUAUGCAGAUAUCUUGGUCGCGUACUCUACUUACGACGGUUUUUACUCGUGGCGCAAUCCAGACACCGGCUCUUGGUUCAUACAGGCACUCUGCGCAGAGCUGGACCUUCACGGACGUAGCCGCGAUCUACUUACUAUAAUGACCUUCGUUAAUCGCCGUGUCGCCAUCGAGUAUCAAUCUUAUGUGCCACAGAACGAGAAAUUCCACGCGAAAAAGCAGAUUCCGUCGAUUGUCUCGAUGUUGACCCGCCUUGUGUACUUCGCCGACAAACAUGUAACAACAUCGAACGAUAUUGACGAUGGAUCAAAGGAGAUGAAAACCGCACUGAGAAAAAAGUUUGAUAAUAGCUAUCGAAUGACUUUUUUAAAGCAUGUCCCAGUUAAUGUCCUAGAUUUGGAAGAAGAAGAACCGGCUUAA